AACAAACUGUGGCUCUGUGCUGCUGGAAGUGGAAGAAGUUGAGUCUCCUCAGUCACCCGCCGGCGCCGCCUCCUCUCCGCUCCGCUGCGGUGGACAGAGGGACAGACUCACAGCGGAACUUCUGCAGGGGACAACGGGAAGGGAUAUAGAAGGAGUCUAAACCUGACACUGCUGCUAAGCCCCUUCAGAGAUCCCUCUCUUCUGCUCUGAGGACUCUUCAAGGAUCCCUCCACACCUGCUGAUCUACAAGCUGCAGCCGAGCCAUGUCUAUAUGAUCCUGAGGUCUACAGCAGCCAUGGCCCAACAGAGCGCUGAGCCGUCCCACUGCUAGGCGUUGGGGCAUCCGAGAGGGCAGAAGACAUGUUGGGACAGAGGCCCGGGGACCACUGCACUGAAAUCUGUUACUAUAGCAACUACUGUAGUAACCAUGGAAACGCUAUGGAGGACGGGUCUGGUUUGCACUGUCAUAAUCGUAAUGGUUGCCACAGAGGUCGAAGGAGGUCACAGAGAUGAGUUCGCCCAGUCACAAGCUGCCUUCCUGUCCAGUCUCGGCCAGUAUGAGAUUGCCAUCCCAAUACGUGUAGAACCCAAUGGCGAGACUAUGGAUGCAGAAACGCCACAACAUCACAGAAGAAGACGCAGCACUGAGGACAGAGUGCCUGACUCUCUCUUCUACCAGCUGUCCACGUCACGUAACAACUUCCUGCUGAACCUGACGCUGCAGGGAGGCCUGCUGUCCCGGCAGUUCAGGGUGGAGUAUUGGAAGAAAGGUCGUUUAGCCUGGAGUCAUCCCUACUCUCCCCAUUGCCAUUAUGUAGGACACCUCCAAGACCAGCCGCACUCCAGCAAAGUCGCCCUGAGCAACUGUAACGGCCUGCAGGGGGUGAUUGUUGCAGGGGGAGAGGAGUACCUGAUUGAACCCCUUGUCUCACCAGAUAACCAGACCGGGACGGAGCGGGGGGAGAGAACAGAGGGGCGCCCCCAUGUGGUUUACAAGCGGUCAUCGCUCCGCCAUCAAUACAAGGGCAAAUCCUGUGGAGUCGUUGAUGAGAAGCCGAUGAAAGGCGCGUCAUGGUGGCAGCGAACUCUAAAGACGCCUCCCCAUCAUGUCGGUCGUGGCCAGCUGCCUCUAAAGCGCUCAGUUAGCCGCGAGCGCUACGUGGAGACGCUAGUGGUAGCUGACAAGAUGAUGGUGGGUUACCAUGGACGCAGAGACAUCGAGCAGUACAUCCUGGCUGUCAUGAAUAUUGUUGCCAAACUGUUCCAGGAUUCUAGCCUGGGGAAUGCAGUGAACAUUGUGGUGACGCGGCUCAUCCUGCUGAUGGAAGAUCAGCCAACCCUAGAGAUCAACCACCAUGCAGGGAAGUCUUUAGACAGCUUCUGUAAGUGGCAGAAAAACAUCCAGCACCGGAGCAGCUACGGUAACGCCAUCCCAGACAACGGGAUCGCUCACCAUGACACUGCUGUGCUUAUCACCAGAUAUGACAUCUGCAUCCAAAAGAACAAGCCCUGUGAAACCCUAGGUCUGGCUCCGGUAGGAGGGAUGUGUGAGCCGGAGAGGAGCUGCAGCAUCAAUGAGGACAUCGGACUGGGAACAGCCUUCACUAUCGCCCACGAGAUAGGACAUACGUUUGGGAUGAACCAUGACGGGAUGGGGAAUGCCUGCGGGCCCCGCAGCCAGGAGACCGCCAAGCUGAUGGCCGACCACAUCACCAUGAAGACAAACCCAUUCAUCUGGUCUGCCUGUAGCCGGGACUACAUCACCAGCUUCCUGGACUCAGGUAUGGGCUCUUGUCUGAACAACGUCCCCCCGAAGCAGGAGUUUGUGUACCCCACCACAGCACCGGGUCAGGCCUACGACGCAGACGAACAGUGCCGCUUCCAGUACGGAGUCAGAUCUCGACAAUGUAAAUAUGCGGAAGUCUGCAGUGAACUUUGGUGCAUGAGCAAGAGCAACCGUUGCAUCACCAGCAGCAUCCCCGCUGCAGAGGGAACCAUCUGUCAGACCAACACCAUCGAGAAAGGGUGGUGCUACAAAAGGGUGUGUGUGCUGUACGGGACUCGUCCGGAGGGCGUGGAUGGGGGCUGGGGUCUGUGGUCACCCUGGGAGGAGUGCAGUAGGACGUGUGGAGGAGGGGUCUCCUCGUCCAUCAGACACUGUGACAGCCCCAGGCCAACUAUUGGUGGAAAGUAUUGUCUGGGGGAGAGAAAGCGCUUCAGGUCCUGCAAUAUUGAUGAAUGCCCUGCAGGCUCUCGGGAUUUCCGGGUUAUUCAGUGCGCAGAUUUUGACAGUGUUCCUUUCCGGGGAAAGUUUUACACCUGGAAGCCAUACAGAGGGGGUGGGGUGAAGCCCUGUUCUCUCAACUGUCUGGCAGAAGGAUACAACUUCUACACGGAGCGUGCUCCAGCCGUGGUGGACGGCACGCCUUGCAGAGACGACUCUUUGGAUGUGUGUGUAAAUGGAGAGUGUAAGCACGUAGGCUGUGAUCGAGUCCUCGGCUCGGACGUGCGCGAGGAUCGCUGCCGGAUCUGCGGAGGGGACGGCAGCAGCUGUGACUCUGUGGAGGGACUCUUCAACGACUCGCUGCCCGAAGGAGGUUAUGAAGAAGUGGUCAGAAUUCCUAAAGGCUCAGUGUUCAUCCACAUACAAGAGCUCAACAUCUCCCUCAACUACCUUGUGCUAAAGAGUAAAGGGGACCAGUACUUCAUCAAUGGGAAGCUGACCAUUGACACGCCGCGUAGGUUUGAUGUCGGCGGGACCAUCUUCCACUACAGGCGGCCCACUGACGGACCAGAGACUCUUGAAGCUCUGGGGCCAACAAACAUGACCCUGAUUGUCAUGGUGCUGGUGCGUGAGGAGAACCCGGGGGUCCACUAUCGCUUCAACCCCCCGAUGAACAGGGAACCUCGGACGGGCUUUGCCUGGCACUACACCUCCUGGUCCCGCUGCUCAGCCCUCUGCGCUGGAGGUGUGCAGACACAGCAGGUGGUGUGUAGGAAGCAGGCAGAUCAUUCAGUCGUCUACAAUCACUUCUGUGACAAGAAGAUCAAACCUAAAGAGAGGAAAAGAUCCUGCAACACUGAGCCAUGCUCCCCAUCCUGGUGGACAGGAGAUUGGACGGAGUGCAGUCGCAGCUGUAACAGCGGCCUGCGUACCCGGGAGGUGUUCUGUCAAAGGCGGCUCUCUGUGACGGAGGAGAAGGUCCUGGACGACUCCGCCUGUGCGACGCCGCGGCCCCCUCUCACUGAGCCCUGCAGCAACCACAGCUGCCCCCCAGAGUGGCUGGCCCUGGACUGGUCAGAGUGUACGCCCAGCUGUGGUCCUGGCUACAGGCACCGUGUGGUCUUGUGUAAGAGCGGGGAGAGCGGAGACAACCUGCCAGAGUCCAAGUGCCCCAAACAUGGCCGACCGACCUCCAGGGUGCGCUGUAACCUGCAGCGCUGCCCCCCCCCUCACUGGGUGACCGGUCCCUGGGGAGAGUGCUCUGCCAGGUGUGGGCUGGGUCAGGAGAAGCGCAUGGUGCAGUGUCUGACUCCCACUGGCCAGCCGUCCAAUGAGUGUCUGGAACAUCAGCGGCCCGCAGCCAUGCAGCAGUGCAAGAGCAAAUGUGACCUCAAUCUGGCCAUCAGCACAGACAACCCUGAAGAGUGUAAAGAUGUGAACACUGUGGCCUACUGCCCCCUGGUGCUCAGGUUCAAGUUCUGCAGCCGGCCAUAUUUCAGACAAAUGUGCUGCAAGACGUGCCAGGGACACUGACCUGGACACAGCCUCCAUUCUCUGGGCCCUGUACUCUCACAGUAAGCCUGACCCCCUCCCACUGAGCCUUUAACAGCAGCCCUCACAACUGGGACGCUGUCGAGCGAACAUCUAGUCCCGUUACUGUUAAAGAGGGACCUUUUCUUUCAGCCAGAAUCCAGCACAAACCUCUCCGAGCCGAGCUGGGCCGAAACAGCCCUGACUGAGUUUUACAUUCCACUGGAGGGAGGGGGGGGGCUGCUGAACCCCGCAGACAGACAGAGAGAGAGAGAGAGAGAGAGAGAGAGUGAGUAACUUCCCUCCAUCGUCUGCCUUUCUAUGAUCCCUCUGUUGUAAUAUUUUGGUGCUACUAUAUUUUUCUUUGGCCGCAGGCCUGGUCACCGUACUCUCUUAAAACCUGUAUCUUAACAGGUGAUUUUUGUUUUGUUACGAGUUAAAAAAAAUCCACUUUGUAAAGAACAUGAUUUUUCCUGAUAUCUUCCCUCAUGAAAAAGAAUAUCUCGUGCUAUAAAAUGAAAGAUCUGUUUCUAUGUUAUCAUUACAUAACAGUUGUUACCUGACCACAUUGUUUAAAUGCCAU